CCUGGGCAAGCAGAUAGUAGAGACGGAGAGGGAAGGCAAAGUCCAGUGGCCGCCAGCGUCGCAGCCUCGGCAGCUCCCAAGCCUGGCAGAAAAACCCGGCUGCUUUCGCUUCGCAGGCUUUUCUUCUCGGCCUGAGCCAGGAGUUUUGUACUCGAGGCAGGUGGAGGACACCGGGGAGGCAGAAACUGCUUAAGAACCGGGGGAGGCAGCCCUGAGGAGAGGCGGAAGGAGCGCGCCUAAUUGGCUGCAGGUUCUUGUUAGGCGACGGAAAGUUGGCCGCGGAACUCGUGACCGUUCCGCCCCGGGCAGGAGCCGGACUCGGGAAAAGCAGGAGCACCGACUGCAGUCAUCCUACCCCGGGCAUACUUCGUGGUGCAGGACUACUAGAGGGUGUAAUUAGCUGCGUUCAAAUCAGUGCGAACAUUGUUGACUUGGCGGAAUGUGAAUUGCUCCAGUCCGCUGGAGUUGGUUGUGUACGCAAGGAAAAACAGAGGCGGAGAUAAUCCUUUUUUUAAAAAAGAACAUCUCCCAGUCUGUCUUAAGCAAAUAUCAGCUCUUGUGUGGAUCUUCAGUGAUUCACUAUCGUGUAAGGACAAGCACAAUCCAGUCUUAAUAGGAUCCCCGCAAGUACGGCAUUUUUAGAGCAUUCCACGGUUGCGCCAAUGAGGACAGCCUUUAUAUGGCUUCAAUAAUAGCUGAGGAUGCUGGAAGAUGCUAUGGAAAUUCCUGCCUCUUCUGAGGGUCUCCUCACCAUGUUUCAGUCUGAGGCCUCUUCCAUCCAUGGCACUUCCUUUCUGCGGAUGUCCCAACCAAGCCAUAUUUGGUCCCAGAGAGAGAAGUUUCCAUGUAGUAGAACUCUAACUACUCUACUACCUGCUUCAUCUUCAGACAGUGAUUCUGGCUGCGCCCUGGAAGAUUAUCCAGGUCCAGCCACCGAAUUUCCUCCAUCAGAGCCAGUAUUGCAAAGCAUUAGCUCUCAUUCAUCACCUACGGUCCCUGCUGCUAUUCAGAACCAGCUCCGUAUCAAAAUUCUCCUCUAUCAGCUGCCUCCACAAGACUGCGAUGAGAGAUAUUGUCCAUCCAUUGGUGAAGAGGAAAGAAAACAACUGCGCACCUUUGCUGCAUGGCGGCGACAGGAAUCCCUGGGACAGGGAGUUUUAUGUCAUCUGCCUCUCACAGCUCAUGAGUACUUAUGCAGAAAUUGUGGUAAGACUAUAAUCAGAGGAGACCGGAGUGUAUUUGCCUCUAAGCUGGGCGACCAGUGCUGGUGGCAUCCUGCCUGCUUUGUCUGUCACAUUUGCCGCCAACCUUUAAUAGAUCUAAUUUACUUCCAUCGAGAUGAGAAGAUUUUUUGUGGUCGGCACCAUGCAGAAUUUUUCCGCCCUCGCUGUGCUUCAUGUGAUCAGCUGAUCUUCACCCCUGAGUGCGUGGAGGCAGAAGGCAUGCGCUGGCAUGAAGAGCACUUUUGCUGUCUCGAGUGUGACUUGCCCCUGGGGAUCCAGCAAUAUGUGAUGAAGGGUGGACAACCCUGCUGCUGUGCUUGCUUUGAGAGUCUUUAUGCAGACAUCUGUCAAGCCUGUGGAGAGAUUGUUGGAGUCAACAGUAAACAGAUCAUGCUCCAAGGUCAACACUGGCACAGCAAAGCCUCAUGUUUCUGUUGCAGCCUUUGCCAUAAAGCACUGCUGGACCAGCCAAUCACCAUUCACAAUGGUCUCCUCUUCUGCUCUGAGGCCUGUAGCUUGGAAAAGGAAUCCGCUUUGUCUUCCAGUGGCUCGGAUUCCUCUGACUCUGCUUUCAUCUCUGCUCCAUCCCCAGACUCCACCCCGAUUUCAAGAGUUAGAAACAGCAGCCCUGACUGCUCCUCUGAAAUUGCAAGAACCCAAAGAGAUGGCUGUGAGGAAAGGGCAGGUACAGUUGUGAAUGAAAGGUUUCACUCAUGUGGGAAUCCCUCAGUGUGUGUUAAAUUUGGCAGCCAAGAAGAACCAUCAGUUACUUACAGAAAUAGAACGAUCACCCCACAACUUCAUGUAUUUGAGUCAUUGACUGAUUCUCCUCGAGGGGACGUCCAAACCUCCAUCUCUUGUCACAUGGACACAGCUUGGAGCACCGUAAUUGUGAGGGAUAACCACAACUUGAAAACAUAUUUUCCAGAAACAUCUCAGCAACAAGCAGGAGACUUCCACUUCAAAAGAAGACCCUCUGUGGCCUCACAGGCAUCUGUAUUAAUCAUGGAUUUUCCAGAUAGAAUACAUGAAGGCAGCACUGGAGAACAGGAAGCUACCAUGGAACAAGAUGAUGCCAAGUGCCUUACUUGCUCAUCCUCAUCCUCUUCUGACUCUGAACCAGAAGGCUUCUUCUUUGGGAAGCCAAUUCCAAAGCCUGGUUCCAGAUGUGUAGCUUUCUCCAACAUGGAGCAGGAAACACUUGGCAAAGGAAUGAGGUGGGCUGCCAGAGCAAGGGCCAACAGCAAACACUGUAGCAUAUCCUAGCAGACAGGCAAUGGCCAAACAUCUGAAUAGAGUAAAGCAAAAGGGGAAGAGAUAGUAAUGGAAGCAGAUACAUUUUCUGCAAUGACCCUUUUGAUGAUAAUUUAAAAAAUAGAUUACAAUUAGUAUUCAGAAGGAACUUGCUCAAAGAUGGAUGCACACCACCCUCUUCCUGCUGCAGAGUCAAUAAUGCUAAGUGCAGAAAGCAGAUAAAAAAGCCAGCAUCUGUUUUUAUAACUUUGGAUGCCAUGUGGAAUUAUUUCUGUUGAGUCAGCACUUUUUUAUUAAAACCAAACAAAGCUAUAAGAAAAAUCCCCAAACCCCUAUUAUUUGGCCCACUCAAGAUUACAAAAUUAGUUCUUAAAUAUUCUUCACCACUUAAAAUGCUAAGAAAAUAUGCUGUCUGCUGCUCAGACUAUGGUCUAUAUUAUUUAGUUCUGAUGACAUGGGGAAAAAAGCUGCAGUAAUUCAACUUUGGCUCUGUCAAGUACAGGGAGUAUUUCAGGUUGACAGGAUGAUUACUCCAAGUUUGCUACCAAAGAAACUAACCACUUAAUUGUCUUUCACCUGCCAAGGAACCUGUCACAGGUUUGAGCUAAUCCUUGUUUUCUGUACUUGGGAAGAUGUUUUUCCAAAACAUUUUGCCACAGGAGUUAUUUUCAUGUUGACUCAGAUUUCCUGUCUCAGCAUUGCAUACAGCCUCAUUUGAAUGUCUACAGCUGACUCCCACACUCCAUUAAGACUGUAAUUAAGUACACACUUGUGGCUGGAACAUUAAGUCACUGCAACAAACACGGGCCUCCUACAGUAGUAGUUCUGGUGGUACCUUGCAUACUCUAUGUUAUUACACUAGCUUGUAUGUUCUGGGAGUUAAAACAAUGAAAUAAAAUACAAUUUAUCAGAUGAGAUUUGAGGCUAAUAUCAUACAGUGGAAUCAGUGGGUCAACAGAUACACAGGAAUUGAAGCAACUAACAGUCUAUAGAGAUUUUAAUGUCUUCAAGUCAAAGGCUAAGAGUGAGUUCAAAGAAAAGUCAGUGAGGUAAGGGGUUUGGAGGUGUGAUUCACUUUGACAGAGCAUACAGGGAGUUCGGCUACAGGCAGGAAAGGCAGAAAAGUAACAUCAGAUGUGGCAUUGAGGCCUCUUGUCAUAGCAUUGGAGGAGAAAAGUAUUAAGGGUGAUUGUUACAGUAAUGAAGGCACAAAGUUUACAAGGUGUAACAUUCACAGACGUGCACAUACACACCCAUGCUGCUAAAAGGAAGGACCUUUUGCAUAUUACCACUUUGCUUAGGAACAAUAAAUAACAGAGACGGUGAUGUUCUUAACUGAAAAGGAAGAGGCAGAAAUGAGGAAAACAAUCACCUUUCCUUUGCAAGUCUGGGCUGAGGUGUUGUCCCUGAUGUGUUGGAAGCUGGUGCAGCUUCUUGGGAUUAAGAGAAAAAGAGCAAGAAUUGUUUUCCUCUGACUCAACUGUUGACAGCCAUUUUUAUACUUCUCUUGUGGAAUUUACAAAUUAAAUCAAAACCAAAUUCUCAUUUCAGGCUUUGGGCAGUGGUCAGGAGUCAGAAAGAAGGAAUGUUGUUUUCCUUCUCUUUUGCUAGGCUAAAGGGAGAGGAGAAAAGGAGGGUGAUUCUGCAGCAUAAUGAUUGGUGAUAGACAGGAUGUUUUCAGUGAUUAUUGUAAGAAAAUGCUUUCUUGAACUGAACUUCAAACACUUGAUAAACUUGAACGCAAAUUACA